AUGUCGAGCUGGAGGUCGUCUCUAGAAAAAGAUGGGAGAAAGCUAGCCGGGGUCGAACUCACGGUUUCCAUCGCCGUCUACGGUAUUCUCCACUUUGCCAUCGGAUUUGUGAUGAUUUCAGACUGGUGUGCUCGUAAUCCUGGAAACGAGUUUAAGGAGGGUGAGUACUACCUUACGUUGUUGAUGGCGUCCUCUGUGAUAUGGAUGUUAUGGGUCAUGGUGAAAACGAAACUCACCAUUCGCGACUUCCAAGCAGCAGGAAGUUUACCCAGGCCGUUCGAGCGGGGAGCUCUCUCUCACAGAGCAACUGGCAGCAGUUUGUUGGUCAAGACUCUCACAGCUUUUGCUGCUUUCAGUUUACUGCUUGCAAUUUUUCAGACGGCUGAUUCUGCCCUUGCAACAGGCGGCUGUUUUUCCAUACUUGCUGUUGUUUUCUGUGUUUGCAGGAUCCUCUACUUUCUUACACAAGUUUGCUAUGUAGUCUAUUCUCAGAAACGAGUGUUGUUUGAGAAGAAGUUGGUACACGGUGCAGCUGUAAUACAAAUGAUCAUCACAAACUUUAUACUCUACAGUUGGACGUUUCUUAAAAGCAAAGACCGCGUUUUCUCUCAUGACAACCGUACUGCUGAUGCUCUAAAAAUAGUGCUCAACUCUAGUUGUGUGCUGAAUGAAUGUUUAACUACUCCAACAAUGCUCAACAGUAAUGCGCGUAGAUCUAUGUCUAAUAACUCUGACAAUGAGUCUUGUCACGACACUAUAUUCAAAGGUACCUUUCCAUGGUUCUACCCGUUUUGUCUAGAAUUUUGCCUGACUGCAUCAGCCAUGAUGGCUGAACAAUGGAUGGAAUGGCCGAGUCCUCCGACAGACCCAAUGUGUGAUUAUGAUGAUCCAGCCGGUCGGUCACCCAUUGAUGAGCACCGACACGAACGCUGCAAUCGAGGAGAGAGAAAGCUGAGCAACGUUUGGGCCAUGAGUGUUGGCAUGUUUGCCUUUGUUGCUCACAUAGGAGUGAUAGUAUUCUUGAUCAUUGAAACCCAUUCAGACAAAGCUGCUACUGCCUUGUAUGCAACAAGGACAUUCUCAGCAAUCUUAAUCACUUUACUCUCUGCUUACGGACUGUAUACACUGGAUCGUUGUAAUAGGGGAAACGUUUCAGCAGGACUCGAUCUGGAUGAAGUUCUCCUCCUCAUAGCGACUAUUGGGGCAUCUGCACUUGCUUUGUUCAAAUGCCUUGCUGGGCUAGCCAGACUAAAAGAGCCAGGGAAAAAAAUGGGGCUAGCCAAACUAAACAGUCCAACUAUGCUAGCCAAACUAAUCGAGCAAGCCAAACUAAUUGAGCAAGCCAAACUAACUGAUGAUGUCGAUAAAUACAUUUAUAAUCACUAUGAACUUGUAGUGUUUUUCGCUGAAAUUUUGGUCGUUGUGGGAAUCCUUCUUCAAACUGUUUUCAUCAGCAAGGCUCUGCAUCGGGAACCAGGAGGACAUGGACUCAUCACAACAACCUCGAUAGCCACAUUUAUGGGAUGGAUGAAUUUCGGCGCGUGGUUGUGCAAAACCGUUGAUAUAGAGGGAAUGGAUUAUACGAUAUACCACAAUAGGACAAUGACCGUCAUAGAGGACUUGCAAUUGAAAAGAUAUGGUAAAGACAAAUGGCUUAUCUUUGUCCUCUUAUGCUAUCCCUUUGCCAUUUUCUAUCGAAUUCACAGCGCUGUGGUACUCUACAGAGUCUCCAAGAUACACAGGUACGUCAAAGAAGUCGAAGUGAGGAGUGAGUGGAAUGAAUAUUGGCAAGAACAACGUCCUCUGCUGUAGUAGCAAUUACGGCAAUUUGGAGAACUUAGUUAACCAGACAAUGAGAAAUGACGCACCUUGAUGGAUCGAUAUCAGUGACAGCUUGUGUGUGUGUGUGUGUGUGUGUGUGUGUGUGUGUGUGUGUGUGUGUGUGUGUGUGUGUGUGUGUGUGUGUGUGUGUGUGUGUGUGAGGAAUAGACAGCUUGGUGACUUGACAUUGUUCAGAUUAGCAAAAAUUAGCACUUUAAUAAGUCAUAUCCAACUUUGUUCAUAUUGCAGCUGUUAGCAAUAAAGCGAUUGUGGAGAUGUUACUGUAAUGCGUUAUAAGCACGGCAGUUUCCAUUUGCAUCUAAUUAAAAAAUUGUCUGUUUUUGAUUGAAUUGAGAUUAGCUGGAAAGUCAUUAAUUUCAUGUGUCAGAGGUCAU